GCCAGAGGGGACAAAGACGCGGCGGCUUUCGAUUAGUGGCCACUCUUCCUAUCGAACAUCGAUAGACAGCAGUAGCUAUCGGCAAACUAUCAGUUCUAGGUGACGCUUAUUCAUUGGCGGAAAAAAGAGUUUAAAAUUAGUGGAUUUUGCAACUUGGGAAACAGGAGUUAAAAUAGCAAUGUGGAGCAACUUUGAGGCAUCCUCUUUGGAGGACGAGACCAUCUCCAAUGUGUUCUCCUCGCGGGGAAUCUUCCAGAUAAGCAGCGAAGAGGAGGUAAACAAAUAUCCGGAUGUUUUGGCCUCUGUUCAAUGUGGCAAGAUGGUCAUUGGCAUCGAUAAGAGCCUGCUCCUCCUGGAGGACGAACUUGUGGCCAAGUGCAGCUUCCUGGGAUUCGGGUCCUCUAUCGAGGCUAUUGCCAUUUCCACCAGUGGCAACCUGAUUGUCUGUGGCCUCAGCGACGGCGAGGUUCACGGGGUUUUGGUCAAGGGACUCCUGCUCUUCAGCGUGGCCGUAAAUCUGGAGGAUGUGAGUCUCACAGGCGGCACAUUUCGGAGCAUCCACCAACUGGAGCAAAGGUUCUACUUCACCUGCAAAAAUGGCAGCGUCUACAGUUUAAGCGAUAUUGAUGAGGCCAAUUUAGAGGCCAUGUGCAAUGUGACCCUGGCUGAAAACGAAACCACUGCUUGCGAAAAGGCCAUUCUCCAGGAUGUCACCAUCCAGCGCCUUUUCAAGGGUCGAUCCUCGGCCAACGUUGACUGUGCCGUGCUGAUCAAGCAGCUGGUGGCUGUUAACAUCAGUGCUCAGAACAAUCAGGAGGAUCUGGGAGCGAAUCCCGGACUGGUCAUCACUGGGGAUCAGGGCACGUUGAAUUUCAAAAGCACUCCCAAUGAUGUGACCCGCAUUAAUUUGCCAGCUCACUUUGGCAGUCUCAAGCAGAUCCUCAACUUGGAACACUAUAUAAUUGCUCUCACCAAUUGUGGCCAUUUACUGGAUAUUUGUCCCUACACUCGCACGGUUCACAUGUGUCAAACCACUGGACAGAAGAGCCUGCUCAUCGAGGAUCUCCUGGUGAUGGAGUGCAGCGAAGAGAACAUUGAGCUCCUAAUGCUGACCAAACCAACGGAGGAGGGACGCUUCAUAAAAAUAGUGGAGUAUCCAUCACUUCAUGUCAAGAACGAGGUUGAGGUACCAAACCACGCUUGGCUUGUGCGCCAGCCAAAGUGUGCAGUCAAUCUGUAUUAUCUGGCUGCCAAGAAGUUCAACCAGAGCAGCAUUCCCUCGGUGGUGGAGAUGAUGCUCGUUUCGGAGACGGAUCCCAGCGAUCGUUUCAAAAAGUUGAUUGCCAAAGGGCGCCUCGAAGAAGCAGAGGAAUUCGGCAAACAGUUUGAGCUGUGCCUGCAGCCCAUCUAUGAGGCGAAAGCGAAACGCAUUCUGGUGGAGCUGUGCAACUCGAAUUCCCAGAAGGAAACGGCCGAGGUCGACAAGAAGUUUCAGAAUUUGCUGCAGCUACUUUCGCAGGUGGAAAGUAAAGCCUUUAUUAAAAGCCACCGCAUGAUCAACUUGAACUCGCGUCACAUCCUUGAGUCCUAUCUUCUUGAGGUCAAAAAGAGGCUGAGUUUCGAGGAUGACGAGGAGGAUAUGUUGGAAAUCGACGAGCAACUGCAUCGACUCAAAACGCUGGCCAUCAUAGAUCCCUACGAGUGCAACACGGACUGGCAGAAGUUUGUCUACGACAACAACUUGGUAAGGAUGGUCAAAUCCCUGUUCAAGACAGACAUGCCCACGGCCUGUCUUAUUUGGCGACGUCACUCGAGCAGCAUCCUUCCGCUGCUAAACGAAGACGAGCUACGCACGCUGCUGGGAUUCAUUCCGGGCAACACGAAGCCCUUCAACGUAGUCCAGUGGCUGUGCCAGUUCAUUCCGAUGGUAAGCAACACACAUCCCAGCAUCAUGCCCUGUAUUACCGACUGGAGCAUCGAGAUGACGCGGAAUCUGCAGUAUAGUCCCCACUGGCCAGAUAUCGGCCUGGAGUUCUGCACCAAGAUUCUGGAUAUUUUCGAGGAAAUUCAGUUCACAUACUCUGAUGUGCGACGACAGCAGGAGCGUAAUGUGGGCAAGCUGCGAGACUUGGUCAAUGCUCUGCAGGAUUUGUCCGUGCUGAAGACCAACUACAACAUGGGAUUCACAUUGGACAACUACAUGCAGGACUCAAUCGAUGCCACGGCCCUGAGCAUUCUGCAGCAUGUGCAGCUGGACAAGUUGCAGCGGCUGGUGAAGAACUUUAUAUACCCGAUCUUUCAGGAGAAGGGUCGCCAGCCGCUGGACGUGAUCAAGCAGUACAUAGCCCAGUUGGUGGCCAGUCGUCAGUCAUCCAGCACUUGGCUAGAGCGGGCCAUGGCCUGCAUUGAGUUGCUUCACAAUGAAAAUAACCGUUUGGAGUGCGCUUUGUCCGUGCUGCAGAACGCCCCGGUUCCGUGGCCGGAUACACUGGCUCCUCUGAUCAAGCUACGCACUUCAACCCACCCCUUGGCCAUGAAGAUCAACGCUGAGUACGAGAUCCAGGUGAUCAAGAUCAUGAAAGUCAAGUACGGCUGGCCGGCAGACAGCUCGGACAUCAACCUGGAACUAUUCAUGAUGCGCAUCGUGAAGCUAAAUCUUCCGGACAUGCUGGAAGACAUCCGCGCACUCACCAAAGCAGCGCCAGACAUCUCGGUCAGUGCAAACUUUCACUGUUGCUAUCAGAUGGCCCGGCGAGGACAAAUUGAGCUGGCUUAUGAGUUCUUCAAGACGCUUAAUGGGGAAAAGAACUCGAAGAACGGAGUGGAUGUUGUGGAAACCAUUGCCAAUCUCCUGGAGAACAGUUCGUCUGAUUCUUUUGAGGAUGAGAUCAAGGUGCAGGAACAUGUGAACGUCUUGGAGCUCUUCAAGUUGUUCUUGCCUCACGUGGAGUCUGUUUACGAGCGACGCUACCUAAUCAUCAAGCAUCGCUUCCGUCUGCGGAAGUUUGGCAUCCAGCUGAAGUGCAGCAACGAACUCAUACCGCUGCAAAGGCGUCAUGGCCUCCUGGAUGAGGCCAUCGAACGUAUAAUCGAGCGGGCCCAGGCCACACUGAGUGUGUCCGCCUUUAUAGCCAGCGAAAUGAGUGAACUCUGUACGGCUCUUAGUCUGUCCAAGGUGUUUGGCCUGCACCGGAUCUGCCAACGCAUUGGUUGCAUGCCCCUCAGCUGCGCCCUGGCCUACUACGUGAUUAACUUUGUCGACUGUGAGCCCACCAAUGCCAGCGAGUUUAUAAACCUAGCACUCGAACUGGUGAUCCAGCAAAUCGAAAACGCCAAGGGUAGUAAUCAGGCAUCGUCGCUGCUGUUGAUCAAUGAAAGCGACCCCCUUUGCUUUCCUUUGGCUUACGAGUUGCUCAUAUGCGCCCUGCUCCACGAGGGCAGUCGUCGUCGCGAUCUCGUUGAUCUCAUCAAGUACAUACGCGUGGCUAUAAUGCACUAUCCAUUGAAUGCCAUCAAGACGCACUACGAUGGCAGGGAACAGGCCAUCAACGAGCACAUUUGUCGGGCCCUCGAUGGGAUUACGGAUGCCCUGGGCGAAACAACUAUGAAUUUCAGCAGCGCUCUCAAUGGCUCUUUCGACGUGAAGUCCCUUCAGGUGCCGACAGCCACGAAGAAGCGCUACUCGGUGUCCAUGUUUGACGAGGUGGAGGUGCAACCUGUUCAGCAAACGCAGCAGAAGAAGAGCAUGGGCGGUCACCUGGCAGUUGUGAAGUUUCUGGCCCGCACUCUUUUGCUUAUGGUGAUCGAGACGGAGCCCAGCAACUCCCUUCUGAUGCAGGUUCGCCAUGGAUUGGCCGAGAACAUCAAGGCGGACCUCGACAGCGCCCGGGCAGACUUCUUUUUGUCGCUGGAACACCUAAACAAAGCCAAGGAGCACGACGUGUGGUACGUGAUGUCGCAGUAUCUGCUGGAGUUCCAAAAGCAGAACUGUCGAAAGAAGCGGAUAAUCAACGAGGGCUUCAUUACGCUGCAGCUGCGCCGUAUAUUCCGCAAUGCAAUGGGCUGCAAGGACCCCAACUUCUUGGAGCUCUUCACCAUGCUCGUGGUGGACAGUGAAGGGCUGGCUCUACUCGAAAAACUCUCCACGGAGGUAAAGACGGAUCUGCAGAAAAUCAACUUCUUAACAUUGUCCGCCAUGUACCACGAGCACAUCGAGGAGUUGGACACCGUUCAAAUGAUACGCGCAAAACGCUUGAAACUUUACUAUUACUUGGAGUUCUGCCAACAGGAUCCCAGAAUCAAAGGAAAGUUCAAUGCAGAUAUGGACAACGUGGAGGACCUGCUGAAGGAGUUCCACAACAAACAGUUGGAUGUGCAGCUAUUGGAACGCAUGAGCAAGGACUUUGGCUUCGACUACCAGAAGAUUCUCAUCACCCAGAUCCUAAGCAUCCUUAGUGCCCAGGAGUUGCGUUUCGAGGUCAAGAAGGAUACGUUUGGGGACGAAGAACUGGUUAUGCUGAGUAGCGCCCAAGAAAUGCGCGAUAUGUGCCAGCCGUACAUUAAUGAGAUCAAGAACGUGGAGCUCUUCACCCUUAAGCUAAAAAAGUUCAUUGAGGACAUAAACAUUUAUUUCUACGAGUUAUACAUGUGUGUGAUCAACAUACUAAUGUUUUUUGAUGCGGCUCCCAAGGAAAUGGAGAUCUGGACCAAUAUUCUUCACUUUUUGCGGCACAAGAUGGUCACCAGGAGACGGAAUCGUCCGGGUCAGGUCGAGACAGACAUGUGGCUCAAAUCGCAAAGGGAAAAUGGCGUCAUGCCAAAGAUAUCGCGCUACCGUCUGCCUUUCAAGCCCAUCGUUGAGCAACCUCUAAAAGAUAUUCUUGACAGCGAACUAAACGUGGACAACUGCCAAAGUUGGUUUCCCCUGAUACAGAUGUACACGGCCUUGAAGGGGGCCAAGGAUAGUUCUCCGAACUGCGACUACUUCUGCAUGUCGGCUGUAAAGAACUCGAUUUCAGAGUACAAGUCGAAAAGUGAGUCAGAGACCUGGAGUCUGAAUCCCACAAACAAUGCGUUUCUGCAGUCAAUUCUGCGACUGGUCGACAAGGUUCACAACCCCAAUAAGGCAUUUCUCAUCCUGUAUUUUGUGUCCAACUAUGCUCGCGAUGGAGCCGACCAAGUGGAAGCCUCCUACGAGUGCUGGAAGUUCGCCAUGGAUAAGGGCCAGCUGAUCAACGAUCCCAAAAGUCGCGAGCAGGUGGCCAAGGUGAAGCGGCGAUAUCCCAUCCAAAAGACCCAACACCUGCUGUACGUCUACGGCAUGACCGAUGAGAAGCUGUUGCGCCUGGUGGAGAAUCCCACCGAGCUAAUACAUGGCCUCUACCACCAUGAGUUGAUCCUCAAGUCCAGCAAAGUCGACAUUAACGCCCUCGUCGCUGAGAUUGCCAAUCUGCACGACCUAUGCCUGGCCACCAUCCAGUUCCGACUGCUGCAGAAGUGGCUUUCGGUGACCAUGGAGCCGGCGGAUGGCACCAUACUGGAGGAGACGUUCAUGGAGGAGCAGAACUGGCCGGAGCAAGCGAACGGCGCUGAUGGCGCCAGCAGCCAGGAUGCUAGCGAGAAUGUGAACAGGGCCUUCUACAUACUCUCCAGUUGGCCAAAGGCGGAGGCGGUUAAAUUCCUUGUGGGUUUGAUCUUCAGGGAUGGCUCUGUGAACACCACCACCCAGCUGCAGAUGUACGAGUGCUAUUCCAAGCUGAACGACGGCAGCAACUCCUUCACCAACACAAUUAACCAGCGCCAGUUCAUCAGCAUCAAGUGUGUGCACGAGCUGAAGGCUCUGGGCUACAAGACGAAUUUGGAGAAGUUCUCCGACGAUAAUUCCAAUAAGAUUGAUAUAUUGAAGAUGAUCUGGCAGCGCAAUGCGCAAAACCCUCUAUCCCUGGAGGUGAUGGCCAACAUAUGUCUGGGCUUUGAUAUACACCUCCCGCAGAUCUGGAAUGGCAUCCUCAAGCGCAUGGUCAGGUUUCACAUGGUGCGCGAACUGAACGCUCUGUUGGAUGUACUCAGCUGCCGACCGCACUUGCUCCAUCUGGAUGGACUAGCCCAGGCCUGGGAUUAUGUGCUCUGCAAUCCCCUGAAAAACGCCGUGGAGACGCGCUCUUUCGAGCAGGAGGAGCUGCUGCACAAGACACUGCUGCGACUGCAGGGUUGUCCGGUUGUGCAUGCCCUGAAUCUGCUGCAGUUCGCGGAGCACUGCGUCCUGGUUCACCGACCACACAUGGCCGCUGCCCUUCUGAGUUUUUGCCAAAGCUCCGAGCAGCGGCAGAAAAUCAAAAAGAUGAUACAUUCCCACCCGGUGGACAACCUUCGGGAGCAGAUACUGGAUCUGGAAGAUGCCGGUCUCCUGCCGGUGGUACUGAAUUUUGCGCUUAAAGAAUUAAACCUCUGAGCCAUUUUUUAAUUACCCUUGGUGUAUUCAAAUAAACAAAAUGAUAUGGAUGGAAUACAUGCGGUAAAUUGUUUGAUUAUUGUCGCUCAAAAAUGUGUAAAUAAUUACGGGAAUCACUGCAAAUAAAAAGUAUUUUAUAGAAAAAUUUUGUAUUUCCCCGAUUUGCCGAUC